AUGGAUAAUGAGAGAGCAUCUGCAUCGCCUCCUCAUGUGCUCAUAUUCCCCUUACCACUUCAAGGACCAGUCAAUUGUAUGCUCAAACUCGCAGAAAUUUUCUGUCAUGAUGGUCUGCAAGUAACUUUUCUAAACACGCAGUACAUUCAACAAUGUUUGCUGAAUUGCACUAAUGUUGAAUCCUAUUUUCGACGCUAUCCGAGUUUUCGGUUUGAAACCGUGCCCGAUGGCCUUCCCGAAGACACUCCACGCACUGCGGAUGAUAUAUUCAAGAUGUUGGAUUCAAUGGAAGCUGUGAGUGUGCCGCUAUUUCAAGAAAUGGUAACUUCUGGUCCCUAUGGCCCCAAUUCUGAGAAGCCAAUUACUUGCAUAGUGGCAGAUGGAAUAUUUUGUUUUGCAGUUGAUAUUGCUAAACGGGUUGGUGUUCCACUCCUUUAUUUUGAUACUAUUAGCCCUUGUGGUCUAUGGACUUAUUUCUGUCUUCCCAAACUCAUUGAAGCUGGGGAAUUUCCUUUCAAAGGGGAUGAUUUGGAUGAGCUUGUUGUUAAUGCGCCAGGAAUGGAAGGUUUUCUGAGGCGCCGGGAUCUUCCUACCUUUUAUCGGACCAAGGACCUUAAUGAUCCCGUUAUCCAAUUAGUUCUCAACGAGGACAGGCACCUUCCCCUAGCCCAAGGACUGAUUUUCAAUACAUUUGAGGAUCUUGAAGCACCCAUAUUAUCACAAAUGCGCAAAAUCAGCCCAAAAAUCUACCCCAUAGGGCCGAUACACACUCACUUGAAAACAAGACUUGCAACAGAAACGACAUCAAAUAGCAUCUGGAAAGAAGACAAGAGUUGCAUCCCUUGGCUUGAUAUGCAACCCGUCAAAUCUGUUUUAUUUGUUAGCAUUGGAAGUCUCGCAGUCAUGACCAAGGACCAAGUCAUGGAAAUUUGGUAUGGUCUGGUGAAUAGUGGAACAAGGUUUUUAUGGGUCCGAAGGCCCGGUUCAAUUGUUGGAUUGGAGAAAGAAUUUGAAAUUCCUAUGGACUUGUCUCAAGCUACAAAAGAGAGGGGUUACAUUGUCAGUUGGGCUCCACAAGAAGAGGUCUUGUCCCACCCAGCAAUUGGUGGGUUUUUGACCCAUAGUGGAUGGAACUCAACAUUGGAGAGUAUAGUGGAGGGGAAGCCAAUGAUCUGCUGGCCAUAUUUUGUUGACCAGCAAGUUAAUAGUAGGUUUGUGGGAGAGGUUUGGAAGCUCGGUUUGGACAUGAAAGAUACAUGCGACAGAGUGAUAGUAGAAAGGAUGGUUAGGGAGCUUAUGGAGUCCAAGAAGGAAGAAUUCUUGCAAAGGGCUGAUCACAUUGCGAAUGUGGCCAAGGCAAGUGUGAGUAAAGGUGGAUGUUCGUACCAAAAUCUAGAUAAACUAAUCGAAGAUAUUAAGUUGAUGACGUUAUCAACAUCGCAGGCCUAG